UAAAAAAAAAAAAAACAUGGGCGGGGCCUCUGCCUCUAACCAAUGAACGGCCUUCUUGGCGUUUAAAAAGAUCCGUGUGUCAAAUCUCACGGCUCUGGCCCUCCUCCUCGUGAGCCCAGCCUCCCUUCUCCCAGUCCCUACUACGCCUCAAUCGCCAUAUUGGGUGCUGAGAGGCUACUCUGCAGUUUCAGUCGGUGCAGGGCGAUAUUGACAGAGCGUCCUCGGUUCCUGCGCAGCUUGUUUUGAUGAUUCGCGGGGACUAUCUUCGGCGUCAGAGCACCGCAGAAGACGUUUGCGCCUCCAGCUUGCCGUACGCAUGGCCUAAGCCGUUCCACGCCUGUUUCGGAUCUUUCCCCCCGUGACGAGGAGAUACCCGUUGUUUUCUUGUGUUUCUUUUUUUUUUUUUCUUCCUUCUCCCCCAUUCUCCAGCGACGUGUUUUUUUUUUCACUCCUUCCUAUGAAAACCGGACCCUCCUGGCGGCUCCAACGAUCAGCGUUUCUUGGGGGAAAAAUGUCAGACGUCCGACUUUCAAACGGAAGCCCGACGUUGGAACGGACGGAGCCCCGGCUGUCGGAGCACCCGAAGCCGUCAGCCUGCCGGAGCCUCUUCGGCUCGGUGGACCACGAAGAGCUGCAGAGGGAUUUUAAGGGACACAUGCGGGAGCUGCUGGAGACGGCGUCCGCCAAGUGGAGCUUCGACUUCGCCGGUGACAGGCCGCUGCCGAACGGCAGGCUCACAUGGGAACCGGUGGACUCCGCGGACAUCCCGGACUUCUACGCGCGGCCGCCGCGGAGGGAGAAAGACGUCUGCUCUGGGAAUAACAACGUGGAUCUAAACGGGAAUCAUAGCUGCGUCCUGGUGGCUCCGAGCGAAGACGCGGGCACGCCGGGCGCUCAGACGGAGUGUAGCGAGCAGUGCGCCGGGCUGAGGAAAAGACCGUGUCACGACCCCACGGCGCAAAAUAAGAGGUCACGCAGCAGCUCGGACGAAGUGAGCCUGAGCCACUCGGUUGAACACACACCCAGAAAGUCCAGUCCCAGGAGACAGACGUGAAGACUAACAAAAACGAAGAUGCCCCCCUCCCCCUCCCUUUGUUUUUCCUUUAACACGGGAGACCUCAGUGUUGGCUUUCCCCCCCCUAUGGACGAGGAUCUACGCAGCAUCAGAAACAUAUCAGCUCUCCUGAAGACUGGGGAGGACGCUGUUGAAGCACUGAACAGAAACACUAAAGUUUUUUUGGCACUCAGUUAAAUGUUACUGCCUCUAACAGCAGUCGAUGUAGCAGUGUGCAAUUAGGUUGCUCCUUUUUUGCUCCUUUUUUGUUGUUUUUUUUUUUUUUUACUACCUGUGUGUGUAUAUAAAUUAAUAAAUAUAUAUUUCUCUCCAUAUGUAGCACAUAAGAAACAUUAUGAUUUAAAACAAAUCCUUUAUGUUUAAAAGUGUGAAUUUUGAUUUGACUUGAAGAUUUGCAGUGUAGUUUGAGACUUUUUUUUUUUUUAUGCUGUUCUGUUUGGCUGAAAAGCAAUGGAAGUUGAAAUGGUCCCUAAAUGCUACACUUUAAAAAAAAAUAAAAAUCACGGCUUCUUAGGAUUUCUUAAGUGUGACUUCAGUCCGUCAAAUUUUCUCGCUCAGCAUUGAAGAAUGGUACAAAUGUUGCUCGAAAUUUUUUUUUUUCCCCCUUGCAUUAUUGUCAUCUACAGCUCUUUAAAGAGUCUGAUCCACAGGAGGAAACUUAAAGAAAACCAAUCAUUGAGGUUAUUCUGAUAUUUAUUGGUUUAGCGUUGCUUUUAGCACCAGUUUAGGCCUGGUUUUUUUUUUUGUUUUUUUUUUCCCUCCCUGUUGUAGUUCUGCACUCUGUAGAUGCUGAGAUCCUCUUAGAGAAGGACAUACAAACUUCACACGCUGUGUUCUACUUGACUGUACCCUGAUGUGCCUUACCUCUCUACAGACGUGAGGGUUUUUUAUUUAGAAAGCGGUUAUAUCUCCUACAAUACCAAAUACAUGGUUGCUUCUUACGUAGAUGACUUCACAUUGUAUUUCUUUGUGAUAACAUAGGUGCUUUUUUUUUUUUCUAUCUCCCCUCCAUAUUUUAAACCUGCUGAGGAUGGAAGUGUGUGCAUCUCAAAGCUUCUCCUGUAUUUUCCUAAUGUUUGCUUUCUUUACUGAGACGAAGACCAGCUCGUCCCACAUAUGCAGUCACCACGCCUGUGUAAUUGUGUAGAUCUCUGAAAUGUACCUGUGUACAUAUUUUGUAAAAAAUUAAAACAAAAAACACUGAGAAACUAUGCUAACUUAUUUAUGUUGAGCUUUUUUUUUUCCUUUUUGUUAAAUGUAGAGUAAAAAAAAUGGGUUUUUGAUUACGGUUAUCCAAAGUGGCAUUUACUAUAAUUGUUUUGUAAAAGCAUAUUUUAUUUGGUAGAUUUUUUUUUUUUUUUUCCCCCUUUUAUAAGGUUGCAGUCUGAGCCUGAAAUAUUUGUUGUGCUUUUUUUUUUUUUUUUUUUUUUUUUUUUUGUAAUGUGUGGUUAAUUAAAAAAAAUGUUGCAAUCAAUAAAAGAGAAAUUUAAAGUA